CUCAGUCCUGCGGCUCCCAUUGGCUGGCACUUUGUACAAAAUCUAACUCAAACCACUUCACUCACAACACACCAACAAAUCCUAAAGGCGUACAUGCAGCCUCCCUCCUUCACUCCGCCGCUGUCGCAACGCUCCAGAACCUCAUGUAGGCGCUCAACGCUUAACUUUUAUCUCCAGUGAAGACGGCUGCUCCUGCUCUGCUCGGGUUUGUGAUAUUCUCCUUUUAUGCGACAGGACGUCGUCGAUUUCUACUGACUUUUAUUAUUUCUCCCGGAGGACACCAAGUAGACAAAGAAUUUUCCAGUCAUCCCUGCCAAGGUGCCAGGUGUAAUACGGACCACACGGCGAACAGAGGACACCGAAUACUCCUCGGGAGCUCCAUCAAUUUUCAAAAUUUUCUCCAACUUCAGCACUCAGACAAACAUUAGCAUGAUGUCGUAUCUAAAGCAACCACCUUACACAGUUAAUGGCCUCAGCUUAACUACUUCCGGCAUGGAUCUUUUACAUCCAUCAGUGGGCUAUCCAGCCACUCCACGGAAGCAGAGGCGAGAACGGACUACUUUUACGCGCGCACAGCUCGACGUUUUGGAGGCGUUAUUUGCUAAAACUCGGUAUCCUGAUAUAUUCAUGCGCGAAGAGGUAGCGCUGAAAAUCAAUCUACCUGAAUCCCGGGUACAGGUCUGGUUUAAAAACCGGCGGGCAAAGUGUCGCCAGCAGCAGCAGCAGCAGCAGAAUGGGGGGCAGAACAAAGUGCGACCUGCCAAAAAGAAAAGUUCCCCAACCAGAGAAGUGAGCUCGGAAAGCGGGGCCAGCGGCCAGUUCACACCCCCCACCAGCACCACCACGGUCCCCGCCAUCUCUACCAGCACCGCGCCAGUGUCCAUAUGGAGUCCGGCGUCCAUUUCUCCCCUCUCAGAUCCCUUAUCUACCUCCUCCUCUUGCAUGCAGAGGUCUUAUCCCAUGACCUACACACAGGCCUCGGGCUACAGCCAGGGCUACGCCGGGUCGACGUCCUACUUCGGGGGUAUGGACUGCGGCUCUUACCUCACUCCCAUGCACCACCAGUUGUCAGGCCCGGGGUCAACUCUCAGUCCGAUGAGCACAAACGCAGUCACAAGCCAUCUGAACCAGUCCCCGGCGUCCCUCUCCACCCAGGGAUACGGGACGUCCGGCCUGGGCUUCAACUCCACAGCAGACUGCUUGGAUUAUAAGGACCAAGCGGCAUCGUGGAAGCUGAACUUCAAUGCCGAUUGCUUGGAUUAUAAGGAUCAAACGUCCUCGUGGAAAUUCCAGGUCCUGUGAACCGAGCAAUCAGCUAUCAAAAAGUGCACAAACAGUGACGACCACACGAGACACAGCGCUGCCAUCCCUCAACAGAACACUUCAGACUGGGUAAAAACGUGAGCCUGGUACACCGAGGCAGGGCUCUCAGGGUGGCCUCUAGUUUUUGGCAUGAUGGUCUUUGGUCCUCCUAGAGGAGAAGUUAAUGUAUUUUAGCACUGGCAAAGAGAUUUCCCCUCUCCCGUUUAUUCACCGGUUGUAGCCCUUCUUUAUCUGUCAGUGCGUACCUAUGUGCGUAAAAAACAGACAAACAAACAAAAAAACACCACCUGUUGAGGACGUCACAGAGUGGACUCAGAAAGAAAAACACACCACAGCCACGGAAGUAAAAGAACAAAACUCAAGUUAAUAGUCCUGCUGAAGUGCUCGGGAUGGACAGACCUUCUUAAAGCUUCUUAAACAACUUUGCCGCCCUGCCGGCAGAGUGUGUGACACGAGGAUGGCGUGUGGACAUGGAUGCACUACUUUAUUUAAGAAAAAAAAGUGUUUAUAAGGAAUCAAUAUGUAGUUUCUAAGAGACAAUCAGUGUGCGUCUUAUAUAAAUGGUACAUAUGUGGUUUCUUUUUCUUUCUUUUUUUAUCUGUGCUAGCCUUCGAAACUGUGAUCUGUUGUAUUGUAUGCAAUUUGUGAGCCCCCCCUCCCCCUCGCAUUGGACUCUCUGCUGUGAUUUUAUUAGAUUUCUAACUUUUUCGUUUUCUUUCGUUUUUGUUUCUUUUGGGGUUUUUUUCACCAACGAAAGAUGCUAAUGGUUAUUUUUACUGCAUCACAAAGAGAGACGAGACUUUCCAAGCACAUGGUGGAUGGUAGUAAUAAUCAAGGGUUAGCCAUACUGGAAAAGACUCUCGGCUGCUGAGAGCUCUACACUUGCUUCCCCUCCAUUGAUCUCAACACACGGUGAUUGUGGAUCCUUUACUGGCUCCAAAGAUGGUGUGACCUCACCGCUGAAAAGACAUGAAUAAAGGUCCUGUGAGCUUACUCUUUCAUCAAUAGACGAUCUGUGUGUGCGUGUGCGUGUUGGAAAUUAAAGUGGAACCCUGGCAAUGUGCGCAAAAAUCAUGGUUGUUUAAGGGGGGGGUUCUUCGUUUUCUACGACUUUAAGACCUAAAAAUGGAACAGAACCUUUGUGGGUACUUUUUUUUUUUUCAAUCGAGGCUGCGGUGGUAUAUGUGCGUGAUGAGGCAAAGA